CACUGCCACCGAAGAACCACUUCCUCCCUGUUCGUAGCUGUUAGUCUGUGGCUGUUAAUGACAGUAGAUCUCCAUGCACAAUCAUAUUCGAUCUGUUACAGAAGAACAUCCAGGAUCGCCAUUACAGAUGAGACAGUAACAGAGAAGUGUAGCAAAAAGAACCAAAAACAGAGGAGAAAAGGGGGAGCACAACAUGGCACAAGCUAUUGUUUCCGCUGUUGCAGGUAGGCUUGGGGACUUGCUCAUUCAGCAAGCUAUUUUCUUGGUUGGUGUGAAGGACCAAGUGGAGGAUCUACGGGAUGAGUUGAUGUGGAUACAGAGUUUCUUGGAAGACGCUGAUUCAAGGCAAGAUGAAGGUUCCGUAGUGCGCACUUGGGUGUCUAAAAGUAGAGAUCUUGCAUAUGACAUCGAGGACAUCAUCGACACCUACAUCCUCAAGGUUACAGACCAAGAUAAAAAUCGUACUCCCAGAAGGAGACGAUUUCAAGAUUCCCUUAAGAGGUAUGCCUGCAUUUGCCAAAAAGGGGCAAACCUCUACACUAUAGGGAAGAAGGUUGAAGAGGUCAAAACUCGUAUCCAAAAGAUUGGUGACGAAAUGAAUAGGUACGGCAUUAAUAGGAAAGAUGGUGGCUCACGACGAGGAGAUAGGAGGAGCCUUUCUCUACAAGAUAGAUUUCAACAGCUAAGAAGAUCCUCUCCUCAUGACGAGUCUACUCUUAAAGACAUUUUUGGGUUAGACAGAAAAGCAGAUGAAUUGGUAGCAGAACUAGUGCACAAGCAAGAUCAGUGCCGUCCUAUUUGCAUUGCAGGAAUGGGAGGCAUUGGCAAGACAACUCUUGCUACAAAGAUUUACAACCAUGAAGAAGUUAAGCAUCAUUAUAAGUGUCGUGCCUGGGCUUAUGUGUCAAAAGACUUCAGUGUCAAAGACGUCUUCAAGAGAUUAAUAAAAGAAGUCAAGCCUAAUCUCAGUGCAGAGGAACUGCAGGAGAUGGGGAUGUUUAGUGAAGUACAUUUGGAAGAGAAGCUUCGUGAGCUAUUGAAAGAUUGUACAUACUUGAUCGUACUUGAUGACAUAUGGGACUUGGAAGCUUGGGAGAGUCUAAACAGAGCAUUUCCCCAACAGAGUAAGAAUAAAGGAAGAGUAAUUCUUACCAGUCGCAAUACUAAAGUUGCUAAAGAGAGCAUCAUUCACCAGCUAGAAACUCUAAAUGAAACAGACAGUUGGAAGCUUUUUGUUGUUAAAGUAUUUAACAAUGAUGAUUGCCCCACAAAUUUAGAGGAAUCAGGGAAAGGGAUGGUGAAGAAGUGUGAUGGUUUACCACUAGCUAUCACUGUGUUGGCUGGUCUUUUAGGGGGAAAGUCGCCACAAGAGUGGUUUACAGUGAAAGACCGCAUCCACCAACAACUGAUGGUGAAAGAAGGCCAAGGGAAAAACAACCUUGAAAAGAUACUGUCUUUGAGUUACAAUGAUUUACCCUAUGAGUUGAAGGCAUGUUUUCUUUAUAUAGGCUUAUUCCCAGAAGAUUAUGAGAUCAUUGCUGAGGAAUUGAUUCGGUUGUGGGUUGCAGAGGGUUUCAUAAGGUGUGAAAGUGAUGAAACAAUAUUGGAAGAUGUGGCUAGGGAAUACUUGAAUGAACUAAUUGACAGAAACAUGCUUCAAGUGGCAUAUCAAGAUGACUUGGGUAAAGUUUGUUCUUGUCGAAUCCAUGACCUUCUGCGAGAGUUCUGCAUUUCAGAAGGGGGAGAGGAAAACUUUUUAGAUUAUUAUCCUCGUGCCUCCAGCUCCACAUCAUCUUUAACUGUUACUUCAAGUAUAUGGAAAUCACGAAGAUAUGCAAUACAUUCAAGGAUUAGAAGGUAUGAUUUCUCCAACCUUUCUAAGUCACACCUACGUACGCUACUGCUGUUCAACCCCGAUAAAGAAUCUCUUCAACAAGAACAACUGGAAUCCAUUUCAAAUAUCAGAUUGUUGAGGGUGCUUGACCUAUCAAAUGUUGACCUUCAAGGUAUGAUGUUACCUGAUUCCCUUGGAAAGUUGAUUCACUUGAGGUACUUUCGAUUAUCUGACACAAAAGCAAAGCUUCCAUCAUCCAUAGAGUGCUUGCGGAGCCUACAGAACUUAGACUUAUGGGGGAGUAAAUGUCAUUGGUCUGAUAUAGCUAUUGAUGCUUUAUCUAAGCUGACACAAUUAAGACACUUGCUUUUAGAUUACAAAUACUGGGAUGGUUUGGACACAGAGGUUGUUGCUUUGCCACGGAUUGACUCCCUAACAAAUCUCCAGACUCUAAGGUGGAUGGAUGCCCUUGUUUGGAAACAAAAUGAGAAGACCAAAUUGAUCAAUCUCCGAGAUCUUAUGAUAAUAAAUAUAAAGACAUCAGAUGUGGAGUCGGUGUUGUCAUCAAUUGUUAAGUUGGACAAAAUUCAGUCAUUGGAUCUGAAAUUAUCAGCUUAUCAAUCUACAGAGUAUGCAUUCCCAAUGCUGGUACCCCUGUCUCAUUGCCAUCACCUUCGAGCUCUAACCUUGAGGGGAAAGAUAGAAACGCUACCAGCAGAUCCGUACUAUGAAUUCCAACCCAGAUUGACUGAAUUAAACUUGGUGUAUUCAAGGCUAGGGCCAGACACAAUGUCUACAUUAGAAAAAUUGCCCAACUUGAUGUCCCUUUAUUUACACAAAAGUUCAUACAUUGGGAAGAAAAUAGUAUGUUCUGUACAUGGGUUUCCCCAACUUCGUAUCUUUCGCACCCACCACUUAGAAACAGAGGAGUGGGAAAUCGAGGAAGGUGCCUUACCGAAGCUUAACCGUCUAUGUAUUGAAAAUUGCUACAAUUUGAAAAAGAUACCCACGGGAUUGAGCUUUGUUGCCUCCCUCCAGGUGUUGGAGUUUUAUGAUAUGUCUGAGGAAUUUUGGGACAGAUUUGAUAGAGGAGAGGAUGCCCAUGAAAUCGGAAACAUUCCCUCCAUAAAUACCAGAAGGUGAUGGUAAUUGCUCACCUCAUCUUCCAAUUUGUGUCCCUAAUGGGGAGGAAUUAUUGUGGGGAAGAAGAACAGGUACUAGUAUAUUAUCGAUUUGUGACUUUUCUUUAUGUU